AUGGCUCGUCAAUUCAUUGCUAUUCUCGGGUGUAUUUCCGUGCUCGCGUUGGGGUCAGUAAAUUGUGAGGAUGCGUCUGCAAACCCUGAAGUGACCUUUAGCUUGGGCAAGGUCAAGGGCUCGCUACUCGAGUCUCGAUUAGGCAAGAAAAUUUACGCCUUCAGAGGACUCAGAUAUGCUGAGGGACCGAUUGGGCCUCUUCGAUUCAAGCUUGCAGUACCAGCUAAACCCUGGACCAACGUUUUUGAUGCCUCUGAAGAGGGUCCAUCCUGCCCCAGACAGGGCGGACAAAACAAGAGCGAUGACUGCCUCCGCUUGAAUGUCUACAGCACCAAGCUGGGACCUGAAACAAAAAGACCAGUCAUAGUAUUCUUCCAUCCUGGUGCAUUUGUUGGAUUCUCUGGACAGAGUUAUGUUUUUGGGCCUCAGUAUCUAAUGGACGAAGAUAUUGUUCUGGUCACCGUGAAUUUUCGCCUUGGUGCAAUAGGAUUCACAGCCACUGGUGACGCCUUAUCUCCCGGUAAUUUGGGCCUGAAGGAUCAAGUUGAGGCCCUGCGCUGGAUCCAAAAAAACAUCGCUCCAUUCGGUGGCGAUCACGAUUCAGUAACAAUCGUUGGAUACAGUGCAGGCGCGUGGAGCACAGCUCUUCACAUGCUCUCACCAAUGUCAAAAGGUCUGUUUCAUCGGGCAGUCUCCAUGAGUGGUUCCCCCACCAAGCCAGCACCUAUGCCUUAUGAGCAAACGGAAAUCGCUAAGAAACAGGCGACUCUGGUUGGAUGUCCUAAUGACAGUACUGAGAGGAUUCUCUCGUGCAUGGAGAAGGUUCCACACGAGAAAAUGGUCUCGACCUUUGGGCAGUUCAUGGAGUGGCAUGAUAAUCCCAUUCGCGUCUGGGGUCCGGUUGUUGAGCCUGAUAUUCCUGGAGUCGAGAGGUUCAUUGUUGGACAGCCUGAUGAAUUGAUCAGGCAGGGAAAAUUUCACAAGGUGCCGUAUAUGGCGGGUACUACGCGGGAUGAAUUUGCAAGUUUGGCCAGAUUACCUGUUGUUGAAGCAAGAAAAGGUAACAAUUCCAUAUUCGAUGAUUUGAAUGAGAAUUGGGAUGACAUAGCUCCAAUCAUCUUCAGUUACGAGAGAAAUACAACUAAGUCGAAACAGAUCAGUAAAGAGCUGAGGGAUUUUUACUUCAAGGGAGAGAAGAUUGGAUUGGCUAAUUGGGAAAAAUUAGGACAGUUGUUUUCCGACUCCAUCGUGAAAUUUCCAGUAAAUCGCAUGGUGAAUUUGGUCGCUGCGCACUCGGAUCAACCGGUAUAUUAUUACCAUUUUGUGUACCAAGGCCGAAGGAGUUAUUACGUUUGGACUGACACAAGGAAACCUAUGGGUGUUGGUCAUCAUGACGAGCUGAUGUAUCUCUUCUUCAUGAAAGUCUUCUUCCCCUACCUCGAGCCCGAUGCACCAGAAAUUCCUACGGUCAAACACCUGACAGCCAUGUGGGCGAGUUUCGCAAAAACUGGGAAUCCCAUCCCUCGGGAUAAUCCGUUGUUCAGGGGCAUUAAGUGGGACAGAUUUACACCUGAAAACAAGAAGUACCUCGAAAUCAAUGGAACACUCACAAUGAAGAGAAAUGUGAACGGAGCAAGGAUGGAAGCCUUCGACAGAAUUUUCCCUCUAGCUCCUCUGAAAUCAAAACAUUGAAUUCUCACGUGUAAUGUUACUCUACCUCACCUCCUAUUAAAAUCAAUCGCUAAGCUAGUUUUA